GCCUCAAAACAUCGUGGAGUGAAAUUAUGUUUAAAAUCUGAACAAAAAUAUUUAGCAUGGCACGCCCAAGAUUUUUUGAGGCGGUGAUUUUGCACAUUUGCAGAUAUUAUGUGACGCCAUUCUUAGUAAUUGGGCGAGCCGUUACACUACCGAUCUUAAAUAUUUUAGAGUCUAUUUCUGCAAAUUUGUGCUGCAGGGUUGUAAAUUCACCAGAAGUGCACGCUAAGAAAGUUGACCACGUGAAGAAACAGAUUUUGGACUGGAAUGCAAAUGGGAGGAGGACAAAAUUAUGCACAGCGAGAUCCGGGUGGAAAUCCAUGUCGUUGAGAAUCCCUACUUAUAAAGCUACAAUGACCGGGAUUGACUUGGACAGUUUGGACGAAGUGGUUAAAAUCGAUGAAGAAGCAAUGACCGUGACUGUCGAACCGUUAGUGAAGAUGGGUCCUUUAACUAAAAUCCUUGACGCGAAGGGAUGGACAAUCCCGGUCGUGCCGGAACUUGACUUUUUGACGGUGGGGGGACUAAUUUGUGGGGCUGGGCUAGAAACUUCCUCUCAUAAAUAUGGACUAUUUCAUAACACGUGUAUUUCCUACGAGGUUGUUCUCGCCUCGGGAGAAGCGGUCAAUGCAAACAAGGACGAAAAUUCGGAUUUAUUCUACGCAAUUCCCGGUUCAUAUGGGACCAUUGGCUUCCUAACUUCGGCAACGAUUAGGAUUUUCAAGGCGGAAAAAUACGUGAAAUUAUCUUGCAUUCCGGUCAACUCGUUGGCCGAGGCUACUGAACGGAUCACAGAAGAAUCUCUCAAAUCACCCGGGCCGGAUUUUGUCGAAGGGAUCAUGUAUUCUUUGGAUAAAGGGGUUAUCAUGGUGGGGAGCUUAUCGUCAAAAGCGGAACCAGGAAAGAUAAACUCUGUUACCCGUUGGUAUAAAAAAUCCUUCUACAAACAUGUCGAAACCUUCUUGUCUUCGUCUCAACUUGCCCCAAAAGUCGAAUACAUUCCUCUCCGCGAUUACUAUCAUCGCCACACGUACUGCAUCUUCUGGAUUGGCCCUCAGUACAUCCCAUACGUGAAUAACGCUCUUUUUCGCCUAAUUUUUGGAUGGACGGGGCCGGGUGACAAUUACACGUACAAAAUUAUGCCGCCCUAUUUCAGACGACUGUUCGAGAUCAAUAUGGUCGUACAAGACUUGGUCGUGCCGAUUGAUAAGACGAAGAUGGCACUGCAAUAUUUCCACGAUACAGUAGAGGUAUAUCCGGUAUGGCUUUGCCCCGCAAAGUCAUUGAACGAACCGGGAUUUUUUAAAGUGGACGGGGACGCGGAAGUGAUGCACAUGGAUAUUGGAAUUUAUGGUCAAUCUGGAAAACCGGAUGAUUACGAGGUUGACAAAUCGAACAAAUCGUUGGAGCAAUUUUGUCUGGGAAAUAAAUGUUGGAAAGGUAUGUAUGCAGACACGUGGUUCAGCCGGGACGAAUUUUAUCAAAUGUUUGAUCCAACGUUGUACAAUAAGGUGAGGACAGAGCUCAACUGUUUGGACGCGUUUCCGGAUGUCUAUGAAAAAAUAGCAGGGAGAAAAUGACGGAAAUCUCGUCGUACAUAGAUGAUGCAUAUACUUUGUUCAUUUACAUUAUGCAUAAAAGUAAAUUGAUAUUAAUAUUGAAGUAAAGGCUAGCACUUUUCUGGAUUGGCUAAAUAGAUGUGGUCACUUUUCCGUGUAAAAUUUUUAAGUAAUUUUGUAAAGAAAUUGGAUGUGAUUCGCGAGAUAAGGCCUUAAGGUGAAGGGAAAAUUCCAAGAUUUAUAAAAAAAAAUAUUUAAGAAAAUCAACCCUUUUACGAUCGAAUUUUCACAAAAUGGAUAAACAAGAAAUGUUUUUUUAAGAAAUUUUGCUGUCACAGUAAUUUAUCCUGUGCACAUACGUAUGUAGGCAUUUGUGUAUUUUGUACUCCACGGAAAAUAAAAUCCUACACAAAUAUCUGUAUCUAUAUACAUAUGUGUAUUUAGGUACUUUGUCCAUAAGAGGUUAAUGACAUAUGUAUGUAUGUUUUUACGCAUUAGUACGUUACCUUGUUGGAUUUUAGCGGAAAUAUAUAAGACCAGUGAUUAAGCACCUUUUUGAUCUGCUCAAUCCGCGUAAAUUGUUCAGCAGUAGAUAAUUUCAACAUAAAACUAUGUGCAAAUCAAUUUUUAUCUCUAGAUAAAACCAACAUAUUCGGCGAAAUGAA